GACAACACUCACUCCUCCCCCUGUCUGCGUCGCCAUCAAACGACGGCGACGUUGUCGCUUCCCUUCCCUAUAAGUUACCUUGCCAUUUCUUGUCCUCCACUCCUAGAAGAAAUCGAAACCAGCAUCUUCCGAUUCCGUCCAGCUCGAGAUCGGAUAAAAAAAUCGACCCCGUCUUCUCAUUGAAUUGAAAUAUAUUAUAAUUAGAACAGACAACAACGUGAUAAACUAAGGGCAACAGCUCAGCGCAGCAUAUCGAUGCUUCGAGUCAGCUUGCAUCGCCUCUCACUAUCCGCCCUCUGCUCAUAUCCUCCGCGCUCUCUGUCUCCUAGGCAUCAAACCUUCUCCUUCCCCCAAUUGAGAACCCGAGCGAUUCCGAUGAGCACAAUGAUGGAUUACAGCACCUCCUCCGACCUCACCACCAAGCUCUUGUUUCGCCAGCUCUUCGAGAAGGACUCCUCCACUUACACUUACCUGCUCGCGGAUGUUGGUCACCCUGACAAGCCUGCCCUGCUGAUUGACCCAGUAGACAAGACAGUAGACAGGGACAUCUCCCUUGUAAAAGACUUGGGAUUAAGGCUGAUUUACGCCAUAAACACUCAUGUCCAUGCUGACCAUAUUACUGGCACUGGGUUACUAAAGACAAAGGUUCCUGGUGUAAAGUCUGUUAUCUCAAAAGCAAGCAAUUCUAAAGCUGAUAUGCACAUUGAAGCAGGAGACAAGAUCUACUUUGGAGAUCUUUUCCUGGAGGUUAGAGCUACUCCUGGGCACACACAGGGCUGUGUCACCUAUGUUACAGGAGAUGGUCCUGACCAACCAACCCCAAGGAUGGCCUUCACUGGGGACACCUUGUUGAUACGGGGGUGUGGACGAACUGAUUUUCAGGGUGGGAGCUCGCAUCAACUCUACCAUUCUGUGCAUUCUCAGAUCUUCACCUUGCCCAAGGAUACCUACAUCUAUCCUGCUCAUGAUUACAAAGGAUUCACUGUCAGCACAGUUGGAGAGGAGAUCCAAUAUAAUCCCCGGCUCACCAAAGGCGAGGAAACAUUCAAGAGCAUCAUGGAAAAUCUUAAUCUUCCAUACCCUAAGAUGAUCGAUGUGGCUGUUCCUGCAAAUCUCGUAUGUGGGUUGCAAGAUUAUUCAGCAGAGUCAGUUGCCGCGACUUCUAAGUAGAAGACACAGUCAGGUCUCAGAUGCUCUUGUUUAACCUCCUUCUGUUGCUUAGAGGAAGAAGAAUUGUGAGGGAAAGCUUUUUGGUCAGUUUCUUCUGCUGAUCUGUCGUAGUUAUCUCCACAAUUCCAGGUGUUGCAGGACUAGGGCGGCUACUGUCACAGAUCAACUCUUGGCCGUGCGGCACUUAGCACUCAAGUCUCGUUAGAGCACUAAGUCAGCCUUGCUCGUAUUCACUCAAACUCACAAGUUGGGAAAUUCUCUAGAGAUGGAAAACUCUCAAUUUCUGGAUGAAUGAAAAGUGGUGGAGAGGGCUCCUUAUAUAGGCAUCCUCUCCACUAAGUACAAUGUACAUGGCCGUCAUUAAUGAACGAACCUAGAAGUCCCCCCAUACAUGAACUAGCCCCAUACAUGAAUGUAAUUAAUAAGGUGAAUGCAUAAGCACUCAUACAUGAAUCAUAAUAAAUAGGUGCAUGAAUA